AAAAACUUAUAUAAACAGACAGCAGAAUCAGAUCCAACUCCUUUAUAAAAGUUUGAGCAAGAGAGCACUACUUCAAAUUAACUCUCUUACACCAAUGUCUAAACCAAGGUUGGAGGGUAAGGUGGCGCUGAUAACAGGUGCAGCCAGCGGUAUCGGCGAGCAAGCAGUGAGGCUGUUCAUCGAGCACGGGGCUUGCGUUGUUGCAGCCGAUGUCCAAGACGAGCUAGGCGAACGAGUCGUGAACUCAAUAAACGGAAACAAAGUAGUUUAUCAUCACUGUGAUGUAAGAGACGAGAAACAAGUAGAACAGACAGUGAACUUCACCGUAGAAAAAUUCGGAAAACUCGAUAUUCUAUUCAGCAAUGCCGGAAUAUUAGGCCCAUUGACAGGAAUCCUCGACCUCGACAUUUCAGGUCUCGACAACACUAUGGCGACCAACGUACGAGGUGUGGCGGCCACUAUCAAACACGCCGCCCGCGCAAUGGUGGCGAAAAACAUCCGGGGAUCGAUCAUUUGCACGGCGAGUGUUGCGUCGUCGGUUGGCGGAACUGGGCCGCAUGCUUAUACGGCGUCGAAGCAUGCGAUUGUUGGGUUGGUGAGAACAGCUUGUGGCGAGUUAGGGCAUUAUGGGAUUAGGGUUAACUGUGUCUCUCCAUUUGGUGUCGGGACGCCGAUGAGUUGUGAUGCGUAUAAUAUGAAACCGAGUGAAGUUGAACAAAACUGUUCGAAUUUAGGGAACUUGAAAGGGGUUGCAUUGAAGGCGAAAGAUAUAGCAGAGAGUGCUUUGUUUUUGGCUUCGGAUGAAUCGGGGUAUAUCAGUGGACAUAAUUUGGUUGUUGAUGGAGGUUACACUGUGGUUAAAAAUGGUUAAACUGGUGUUUUAAUUAAUUGUGUGGAUUAAUUAGAGAUUAUUAAAGUGAUGUUAUAUGUUUAAGUCAACCUUGUUAUCAGCAAAUUCCAUGUGCGUUUUCCUUCUA